UUCUGUAAGGCAGUCUACUCAGAGGCUAGCAUAAACACAGAUGCUUAUACAUAGACUGCUAAUGAAUCCCUUGAAGCCCAUGUUUAUUGAAAGGUUGGAGGGAGAGAAAGGAGAAGACAGAAGAAGGAGUGUUGGUAGUUUGAGAGAGAAUGUGGAAGCUUAAAGGACAGCACCGAGCUCAGGAUGCCAGGAUGCGCGGGACAGAGGGAGCCUACAUACGUUGUUCAUGUUUCUCCCUCUUUUAGCUUCUUGUUAUGGACAUUGUGUCUAAUUGGAAAUUUGACAAUUCUAAGAAUCAGUUAAACAGUGCAAUUCUGAGACUUGGGUUCUAAGAAGGAGUGACAAUAGCUUUUUUUCAUGCAGCAGUGAAAAGAAGAGGGAAGUGGCUGUGUUGUGAUAAUGGUGUGUUAGUAUAAAAGUGUGAUGAGGAAGUGUGAUGCAAUCAAGACAUGGGAUGAGCGUAAACUGGGCUUAGGCAUUUGUGAAUUUCUCUGACAGUGAUUCUCCUGUUUCAACUGAAACACUGGGGGUUUGGUCAAGAAAACGAAGCAAGAUCAGCACAGAACGUGAGAGACCAUGGACGCCGAAAAAUUGAGUGAGGUGGAGAUGAAAGAGCUUACUCCAGCAGAAGUACAAGAUGAUAAGGAUGCAGAGAAAGACAAAAUGGAAGGAACAAAAGAAGCUGAGAAAAAAGCUGAAGAAGCAGAAGCAAAAAACAAAAAAGAAGAGGCUAAUGUGUACUGCAAACUGAAGACUCCAUCAGAAAAUUUUUAUAGUGUUUCAAUGCAUACUUCCUCUCCAAAAUGCAGUGAAGGUCAAGAAAAAAAUGAAGAAAAAGAAAAAAUAGCACAAAAAGAAGAAAAAGCAGAAGCUAAUUUGUACUGCAAACUGAAGGAUCCAUCAGAAAAUGUUUAUAUGGCUGCGAUGACCAGUUCCACUCCAAAACACAAUCAAGGUCAAGAAAAAGAAAAAGCACAAGAAGACGAAGAAGCUAAUUUGUACUGCAAACUGAAGGCUUCAUCAGAAAACGUUUAUAUGUCUACGAUGACCAGUUCCACUCCAAAACACAAUAAAGAUGUUUACAGGAGAGUUUGCCUGUACAAGAGGAUUUCCGCUGUUUUCACCAUUCUCUCUGUGCUCUUACUGGCUGUGGUUUUGGCUCUGGCUAUGAAGUUAUAUGAAGUUCAGUCCAUCCAGAAGUGUCCAGAGCUCUCUGCUGAAGUGGAGAAUAAGCACAAUUACCCCUCAAACCAAGGGUAUCAGUGCUCUGAGUGUGGGAAGGGCUGGGUGAGGUUUAACAACUCCUGCUUCUUCAUAUCUAAGGAGCGUCUAAGCUGGCAGGAGAGCAGAGAGGCGUGUCAGAAACAGGGUGGAGACCUGGUUGUCAUCAGAAAUGAAUAUGUGCAGAAAACUCUAACUAAGUAUUGGGGCAUGCUGUACUGGAUCGGGCUCCGUUAUUCCGAAAAGCAGCAGUGGAUGUGGGUUAACAAUACUGCACUAACCAAGAGCUACUGGGCCCAAGGCCAGCCAGAGUCAGCCUCUGAAGGCUCCUGUGCACUGCUAAGAGGACGGGGGUCACCCACAAACAACUGGCAUUCAAACCCCUGUGUGGUGUCCUCAAAUUACAUCUGCCAGAGAGGUUAAAAGUGGAGAAUGAUCAACCAUCACCAUCACAUACAUCUGCUACAUUUGCCUUUAAUAUCAUCAUUUUACUCUUUUAGUUAACUUUCACAAAUGCAGUUCAUAAAUAUUAACAAAUACAGAAUCAGGACAUGAAACAAUCCUGCUCUGUGAUGCACAAUCAAGUAGACAUGCUAUGUAUUUUUCACGAUAGAAAAAUGAGACAUGCUAAGUGUAUUCAUUCGAAGUGACUCUCUGCUUAUUUUACCUGUAAAUUGCAAUGCUUUUAAUUGCACUGAUACAAAAUUACUUUGCACUUUUCUAUAAAACCUUAUUUGCACUAAAAAGUUUGCAGAAUGUCUUAUAAAACUAAAUAUAUACCUAUGUAGCUGCCUUUAAAAUAAGUAGCGCGAUGUUGUUUUUACAGUGAUUCAAAUUAAAAUAGAAUAAAAUGUGAUUUUUCACUCAAUAAAAUGAUGAAAUGAUUUU